GGGCUGCUGCUGUGGGAAUCACUCGUCUGCCUCGCAGUUCAGAGAAGGUCCAGAGAAGCGAAUGAGGAGAAUGUGAAUGAGCAGCUUGAAGACAUCUGCCUGGAAAUCCCUCUUUUUGUGGUCAUCUCGUCCCUGCAGCAGCGUGACGCGGCGUGCUGCUGUCCUGGGAAUGCUCGUUGAACAUCAAGGAAACACCUGAACACGAUGAGCAGCCUGGACAAAUGGGUCACUCUGACCCCAGCUGAGUUCGCUCUGCUGCAGGAAUACACUCAGUACUCCACCAAGAAGCUGAAGGACGUGUUGCAGGAGUUCCAUGGAGACGGUGUGUUGGCAAAAUACAACCCCGAGGAGAAGCAGGAAAUCCUCAGCCAGGAGAUCGACUUUGAAGGUUUCAAGGUCUUUAUGCAAGCGUUCCUGGAGAGUGAACUCCCUGAGGACUUCUGUCAACACCUCUUCAUGUCGUUUAGCAACAAGGGACCCAAUCCCAGUCCUUCAUCCUCUGACAGACCCAGAGUCUCUGGCCUGAAGCUCAUCAAAAGCAACUCGACCCCUCUGAGGACGCCGGCCCUGCCCAGACCUCAGGACUCGGUGCAGCUCAAGGACAUCGUGUGUUACCUGUCGCUGCUGGAGGGCGGGCGACCCGAGGACAAGCUGGAGUUCAUGUUUCGUCUCUACGACACAGAUGGAAACGGGUCUCUGGACAGCUCGGAGCUGGAACAAAUCAUCUCGCAGAUGAUGCGCGUGGCCGAGUACCUGGAGUGGGACGUGACGGAACUCAAACCGAUCCUUCAGGAAAUGAUGCAGGAAAUCGACUAUGACCACGAUGGGAUUGUGACCCUGGAUGAGUGGAUCCAGGGAGGCCUGACCACCAUCCCCCUGCUGGUCCUGCUGGGCCUGGAGACGAAUGUCAAAGAUGACGGGCAGCACGUGUGGCGGCUGAAGCACUUCAACAAGCCGGCCUACUGCAACCUGUGCCUCAACAUGCUGAUCGGACUCGGCAAGCAGGGACUCUGCUGCUCAUUCUGCAAGUACACGGUGCACGAGCGCUGCGUGGGUCGAGCUCCUCUGUCCUGCAUCAAAACGUACGUGAAGUCCAAGAAAAACGCCGAGGUAAUGCAUCAUUUCUGGGUGGAAGGGAACUGCCCCACCAAGUGUGACAAGUGUCACAAAACCAUUAAGUGUUACCAGGGCCUGACUGGGCUCCACUGUGUGUGGUGUCAGAUCACGCUCCAUAACAAGUGUGCCUCCCACAUGAAGCCUGAGUGUGACUGUGGACCCCUGAAGGAUCACAUCCUGCCCCCCAACUCCAUCUGCCCCGUGGUCCUGGAGCGGCAGUCGACUCUGAGGAAAGACUCGCGGUCGAGCCAGUCCAGUCGAGGAAAGAUGCAGAGAGCCAACUCGGUCACCGUCGACGGCCAAGGACUGCAGAUCACAACCAUAGAGGGCACUCAUCCUCUGCUGGUGUUUGUCAAUCCGAAGAGCGGGGGCAAGCAGGGGGAGAGGAUCUACAGGAAGUUCCAGUAUCUGCUGAACCCAAGACAGGUCUACAACCUGGCCAAGAACGGGCCCAUGCCCGGGUUGAACUUCUUCCGAGAUGUUCCAGAUUACAGAGUGUUGGCCUGCGGAGGGGACGGCACCGUGGGCUGGAUCCUGGACUUUAUUGAUAAAGCCAACCUGGACAGGAACCCCCCCGUGUGUAUACUUCCUCUUGGGACGGGGAACGACUUGGCUCGAUGUCUACGAUGGGGAGGAGGCUACGAGGGUGAAAGUCUCCUGAAAAUCCUCCGGGACGUGGAGAACAGCUCAGAGGUGAUGCUGGACCGCUGGAAGAUCGACGUCACACCAGCCGACAAGGAGGAGCGAGGAGACCCGGUGCCUUACAGCAUCGUGAACAACUACUUCUCCAUCGGAGUGGAUGCGUCCAUCGCUCAUCGUUUCCACGUCAUGAGAGAGAAGCAUCCUGAGAAGUUCAACAGCAGAACAAAGAACAAGCUGUGGUACUUUGAGUUCGGCACGUCGGAGACCUUUUCGGCCACGUGCAAGAAGCUCCAUGACUUCUUGGAGGUGGAGUGUGAUGGUAUGACUCUGGACCUCAGCAGCAUCUCUUUGGAAGGCAUCGCGGUUCUCAACAUUCCCAGCAUGCACGGCGGCUCCAACCUCUGGGGCGAGAGCAAGAAGAGGAGGGGCCAACGGAAAGGAGGCAAAAAGAGCCACGAGAAAAGGACGCCAGUGGUCGACCCCAAAGAGCUCAUGUUUGCAGUGCAAGACCUGUCUGACCAGCUCCUGGAGGUGGUGGGGCUGGAGGGAGCCAUGGAGAUGGGUCAGAUCUACACGGGCCUGAAGAGUGCAGGGCGACGCCUGGCUCAGUGCUCCUCUGUGACCAUCAGAACCACUAAAUCCCUGCCGAUGCAGAUUGAUGGUGAACCCUGGAUGCAGACGCCCUGCACUGAAGAACUCAGGGCAGCUCUGAAGGCCGAGGGGAUCCUACCUGCUUCUAGCAGGGCGUACGGAACAAAGUGGUCGGUGAGCGUGAUCAUGUGA